GUAAUAAAGCAAAAAAAAAAAAGUUUUUUUUUUUAAAAGUUAAAAAAAAUUAAAUCUGUACGUAGAAAGAUGUCUAUGGGAUUGAGGUUGCCAAAUAUGCGGGGCAUUGCAAGGAGAGCAUCAGCCAAGGCUGUGUUUCUUCUCGGCUUCGCUUUGCUUUCUUGCGUGGCCCAAUCUACAUCCCGUGGACAUCUUUAUAGGGCUGGUGCCCGCAGGAGCGUUCUCGACGCCACCAAUAGGAAAGUGUUUGAUGUCACGGCCUUCGGUGCUAAGACCGAAGACCAGAUGAAAGGAGGAGGUAACAAGGCUAAUGUUGUUGGCAAGUUGAGUGUACAGGAACUGCCCGGUGGAGGUAUACCAGGCCUCCCCGGUGGUUCUGCGGAGGAGAGUUUUGCUGAUGAGAAGAUUGAUGAAUCUGGACCGGAUGAAACCGGAGCGGGUGAAAGCCCUGAAGAGGAAAAUGGAUCGGCAUUCAUCCGGACGUGGGUAGCCGCAUGCAGAGGAAACUACAGUGGUCCAACUAAGGUUGUGAUCCCCAAAGGAACAUUCUUGAUAGGACCUGUGGUGUUCCAAGGGCCAUGCAACAGCUCAACUGAGCCCAUCGUCGUUGAAGUUCAAGGAUAUGUCAAAGCCAGCACUGAUCUCAGUCAAUACUCCUCUCCCGAGUGGUUUACAUUUGAGUUGGUUGACGGCUUGAUCAUCACCGGUGACGGAACUUUUGACGGGCAAGGCCAGAACGUAUGGAAAACCAGAGAUAACAAGGAAUCCAGCAGCGCUUCUAAUGCCCCAUCGUCACUUAAAUUCAACAAAGUAAACAACACCCUGAUCGAAGGGAUCACAUCCUUAAACAGCAAAUUCUUCCACACACACAUGUUCGGCUGCAAAAAUGUGACAAUGAGCAAUGUCCACCUCAUUGCUCCUGGAGAUAGCCCUAACACAGAUGGCCUGCAUAUCAGCACUUCGAGCCAGAUCAAAGUGCUUAACAGCGUUAUGGCAACUGGCGAUGACUGCGUUUCCAUCGGCCAAGGCUCUCAUGAUAUCACCGUUAAGAACGUCACCUGUGGUCCAGGACAUGGCAUCAGCAUCGGGAGCCUCGGAAAGUACGCGGACGAACUGAGCGUCAGUCAGAUUUACGUGAGCAACUGCACAUUCAGAAACACCACCAACGGUGCCAGAAUCAAGACUUGGGCUGGCGAAAGUGCAGGAGAAGCGACCGGAAUCAUCUACGAAGACAUUAUCAUGGACCAAGUUCAAAACCCUAUUAUCAUUGAUCAGAACUAUGGUGCCAAGAAGAAGGUAAAGAAAAACAUCUUUGGAAAUAAAAAGAUGGUAGUGUCAGGAAAUAAAAAGAGGGUAAGGGCAGGAUUAGGAAAGAAGGUAGGAGCAGGAUUAAAAAAGAAGGUAGGAGCAGGAAAAAAGAAGGCACUGCAAGGUGGGAAGAAAAAGAGCGAAGCAGCUGGACCACCUUCUGGACCAGCAUCAAAGUGGAAGAUCAGUGACGUUCACUUCAGAAACAUUAGGGGCACCUCAGCCAGAAACGUUGCCGUUUCGUUAGCUUGCAGCUCUGCAAAACCAUGCGAGGGCGUUGAGUUGACCGAUAUUAACUUUUCCUACCAGGGCACCAGUACGAAAAGCACGGCGCUUACAUCUGAGUGUUUCAACGCCAAGAUUACAUCAAAGGGCGUACAGAACCCACCACUCUGCCGUUAAAUUAGUUAUCGAUAUAUAAACUCGAUCAUCUCUGUGUACAACAUAUCAAUACUCAAUAUUAAGUAAAUAUGUUAACUAACCGAUCGAUGCUUCUUCUUCUUUCUCUGUCCACUGUGAUUUCUCUCGACCUAUGUAUAUAUGCACGUACUAUAUAUAUUCAUGUUA